CCCAAAGUGCCAUACACUGUCAGUUAUGGACUUUCCAUGGCAUAGUGGGAAAGUCCUUGGGCAACUGAAUGAACAGCGUCAGCUGGGUCUUCUUUGUGACUGCACCUUUGUGGUGGAUGGCGUAGACUUCAAGGCCCACAAAGCUGUGCUUGCAGCCUGUAGCUCUUACUUCCGCACUCUCUUUCUGGACCAGAAGGAUGUUGUUCAUCUUGAUAUCAGCAAUGCUGCAGGUCUUGAGCAGGUCCUCGAGUUUAUGUACACCGCAAAGUUAACUCUGAACGCUCAGAACAUAGAGGACGUUCUUGCUGUCGCUACUUUCCUUCAAAUGCAAGAAAUUGUCAAUGCUUGUUCAGCUUUUCAGUCUUUGACCGUCUCGUCUGCACCCAAACCUGUAGUAACUGAGCCUGUGGAGGAACAAACAAAAUCUGUGAAGAAACCUGAGGAGCCGGAGAGUAAAUUAGUGACUCAAAAAGCAGUUCCUGAAGAAAAAGCAGCUCAAUCAGAGUCAAAAACAGCAGAAACCCACGAGACUGUGAGUAACGUGACUGAGAAGCAAAACACAAAGACCCUGAGAGCGGUCAGCAAAAUUAGUGGACCAAUGAAAACAAGACAGAAAGAUUCCAAGAGUGAAAGUGAGGCAGAAAGAGCCACAAAGGAGCUCCCGCAAUUCCAGGAUGACCCUUCUGAUGCAGACUACACUCCUAAACUCUCUCAGAGGAUGGUGCCUAAACGAUCUCUUGUCAGCACAAGGAGAAGCAAGUCAAAAUAUGCAACUGUUCACAUGGCUGCACAAGAAAAUGAUGAAGAAAGUGUGUCUAAAGCUGAGAGCAUGGUAGAGGAAGAGAAUGUAGACGAUGAAGGAGAAGAACUGGAGGACGAGCAGACAGACGGAGAAGAGGAGAUGGAGACAGAAGAUGGAGAAAUGAUGGAUUCAGAGGAUAGGAAGUUUGCGAUCGGUGCCGAGCGUACUGAGUCUAGAUCAUAUGGAUCCAUUACACACAAAUGUGAGGACUGUGGAAAGAAGUUUACACACACAGGCAACUUUAAGCGUCACAUGCGCAUUCAUACAGGAGAGAAACCAUUCACCUGCAGAGACUGUAACAAAGCCUUCUCAGACCCAGCGGCCUGCAAAGCUCACGAGAAAACACACAGUCCUGUAAAGCCUUACUGUUGCUCCACAUGUGGAAAGAGUUACAGACAGAUCAGUCUGCUAAACCUGCACAGAAAGCGGCACACGGAUGAGGCGAGAUACAGCUGUGAGGACUGUGGAAAACUCUUCACCACUUGGAACAUGAAGCGUCAUCAGCUGGUGCACAGCGGAGAAAAACCCUACCACUGCGACCACUGCGACCGGGCCUUUUCUGACCCCACUGCGAAGAUGAGGCACCUGGAGACUCACGACACAGACAAAGGGCACAAAUGUCAACACUGUGACAAGAAAUUCAACCAGGUGGGUAACCUGAAAGCACAUCUAAAGAUCACCAUUGCGGGGCCACUGAAGUGUAAGGAGGUGGGAAAGUUCACCACCUCAGGCAACCUGAAGAGACACUUGCGUGUGCACAGUGAGAAGCCAUUCAUCUGUAUGCACUGCCAGAGAGCCUUCGCCGACCCCGGUGCCCUGCAGAGACACGUCCGCAUCCACACAGGUGAAAAGCCCUGUCUGUGUCUGAUUUGUGGAAAAGGCUUCACGCAGGCCAGUUCACUCAUCGCUCAUGUUCGCCAGCACACCGGAGAGAAGCCAUAUGUGUGUGACCGCUGUGGCAAAAGGUUUGUCCAGUCCAGCCAACUAGCAAAUCACAUCCGUCACCAUGACAACAUCCGACCACACAAAUGCCAAACCUGCAAUAAAGCAUUUGUCAACGUGGGCGAUCUGUCAAAACAUAUCAUCAUUCACACCGGAGAGAAGCCUUUCCUGUGUGAUAAAUGCGGUCGAGGAUUCAACCGUGUGGACAAUCUGCGUUCACAUGUGAAGACGGUGCACCAAGGGAAGGCAGGCAUGAAGAGACUUGUGAUGGCAGAGGAUGACGAUGGGGAGGAGAAGCUGCUGACAGACUCGAACCCGGACUCUGAGCUCGACAGUAAUGAAGUCAACAUCGUCACGGUUACUACAGAUGAUAUUGUGACUUUGGCCACAGAGGCUCUGGCUGCUACUGCCGUAGCACAGCUCACAGUGGUACCGGUCGCAGCUUCUGUAUCUGCAGAUGAAACCGAGGCACUGAAAGCAGAGAUAACCAAAGCAGUGGAGAAAGUGCAAGAAGCAGAUCCCAACACACAGAUCCUGUAUGCAUGUGACUCGUGUGGAGAGAAGUUUCUGGAUGCCAGUUCUCUGGCUCAGCACGUGCGCAUUCACACCGCUCAGGCCCUGGUCAUGUUUCAGGCCGACUCAGACUUCUACCAGCAGUACACCGGAGACGCCACAUGGCAAACCACCGAGCAGGUCAUCCAGGGAGGAGAGCUCCUGUUCAGGACACGUGACGAGGAGAGCGAGGAAGCCCAACCGGAGCCUCAGAUGGACGGGGCAGAGGUAGAGAGUGAGGAGGGGGCAGAUAAAGUGCAUUCUGAAAGCCAACAGCAGUGAGGAGAUUCAGGUCUGAAUCCAUAAUAGACCCACAUGGAUUUUAAUCCGUCACAAAGUAUAAUAUUUGUCAUCAGAGGGAUGUUAUUACCAUUUAACAUGCUGUAAUAAAACACAGUCAUAUUUAGAAAAUAUGAGCAAGAUGAAAUAUAAUAUCCCGAAUCACAAAAAAUGUGUGUACAGCAUAUUCAAAUUCUAUUGUAUAGUGCUAAUUAUAUAAAAACAGGAUCAGAUAAAUGUGCUUAAAUGAACAAAAUGUAAUUUAUGCUGAUCGUCAGAACUUUUAAUAUAGUGUCGUCACCCUGUAUAACUUCUGUGCAUCACACUAUUGUAAACCGCGCUAGGUAAGAUGAGUUCAACAUAAUCGUGUCCUACAAGUUUCAGUUUUAACCCAGCUAUCAGGCUUUAUUUAUUAGUAAUGAUUCCGUUGGUAGAGUUUAGUCACUUUCCGCUUUGGUCAUUAUUAUUUUCUGAAGAUGUAGAAGCUGAAACAAUUCUCUAAAUAAACACUGCAUUUUAUUUGACAUGAA